UUUUACUCAAAAUGUUUGCCUUCACUGUAACAGGAUUUUGGCAAAGUCGACGUAACCGUCUUGACCUUUUAAUUACAGGGAUGGGUUUAUUUUGGAUAAGUACUCACUUCUUUGUUGCACUUCCAGCUAGUGCUGUAGGCGGUGAAAGUAGACUAAAACGUUUUACUUAUACUUUUGGAUAUAUUGUUGUCAUUUUACGUUUCUUUACUAUUGCUGGUAGAAACAACACAUUAAAGAUGUUAAUGUUGACCGUUGUAAUGUCAAUGUUUCGUUCAUUCUUUAUCAUUAUGGCAAUGGUAUUGCUUGUCCUCUUUUAUGCUUAUACGGGUGUUAUUCUUUUUGGGAUGGUCAAAUAUGGACAGGCUGUCUCUAAACAUGUAAAUUUUCGUUCUGGAUCAGAAGCCCUUGUUGUAUUAUUUCGAAGUGUUACUGGAGAAGAUUGGAAUGAUAUUAUGCAUGAUACUUCAAGAAGUGCCCCUUUUUGUUAUUGGCUUCCAGGUGCUAAUUAUUGGGAAACUGAUUGUGGAAAUUAUUUUGGAGCUAUAAUUUAUUUUUGUUCAUUUUAUUUAAUUAUUACCUAUAUUGUUCGAAAUUUAUUGGUUGCUAUAAUUAUGGAAAACUUUUCUUUAUUUUAUUCAUCCGAGGAGGAUGCUCUUCUUUCUUAUGCAGAUAUUAGAAAUUUUCAAAUGGUUUGGAAUGCCGUUGAUGUUGAACAGAAAGGGCAAAUACCUGUUAGAAGGGUUAAAUUUUUGUUGAGAUUAUUGAAAGGACGAUUGGAAGUAGAUCCAAAUAAAGAUCGUUUACUCUUUAAACAUAUGUGUUAUGAAAUGGAGAAAUUACAUAAUGGGGAUGAUGUUUCCUUUCAAGAUGUUCUUUACAUGCUUUCAUAUCGAAGUGUUGAUAUUCGCAAGUCUUUACAAUUGGAAGAACUUUUACAACGUGAAGAGCUUGAAUAUAUAAUUGAAGAGGAAGUAGCAAAACAAACAAUAAAAACUUGGUUAGAAUUUUGUCUUAGACAAAUGCGUUCACCUGGACUGCCACCAUCUCAACAGCAACAACAACAACAAUUUACACAACAAAAACAAUUACAACAACAAACAGCUAGUAGCCGUUCAUCUGUACCUAUUCAUAAACCCUCAGCAUUUACAUUUUCAGCAAAAUCCAUUUAUGCUUUCGACUCAGCCACGUUAGCAGCAGCUCAUUCAAAAGUUGCUAUUGAAAGACAUCAACGUCAAAGUUUAGGUUCUCCCCGUAUAAGCCCUUCUAAACAAUCUAAAAUUGUUGAUGAUAAAGAAUUUGUUGGUGAAAAUGCCGAUGGAAAAGAAGUAUUUUUAGAAGAAGAAAAUAUUGGAGAAUUAAAUAAUAAUAAUUAUCAGCCACAAAGAAAAUCAAGUUUAAGCGAUAUUUUAGAAGGGGCAUCACGUCGUUUUGCUAAAAGACCUAGUGGAUCUAAAAAAUCAGUUGUAGCCCUCCCUUUUGAACGUUUGUAUGCUGAUCAGUCUUCACCUCCACCAUUUUCUUUCGCUUCUACUUUUAAUCAACAACAAAGAAACAGAUCACAAACACAACGUACACUUCAGGUGCUUUCUGCUCAUGAAUUGCUUCCAGAUUUAGAAGAAUCACAGAGUGAGGAAAAUCAACUGACUGUUGGCAGUGGAAGUAGUAUUAUUGUAAAUAAAAGAGUGAAGAGCAUUGAACAUAGUCCUCCUCGACGAAAAAUCAGUUCCUUGUUACGACUCGGUUCCUCUGCUCCAACUUCAGCAACUUCUCAUACUUCAUUACCACAACAACCACUAUCACGAAAAACUUCGACAGCCACAAGUGAAAUAAAUUCUGGACAAAAACAACAUAAACACAGUGCUAAUUCUCCUAUUUACGUUUUGGAGGAGAGCACAAUAAAAACAGAGGAACAAGAAUUUCCACCUCCCCUUUCAAGCGAAGAAGUAAGUUUAAAUAAAACACAAAUAUUAAUUGAUGAAGUUAAUGAUUGGUGGGGGGAAGAUGAAGAUGGAAAUAUUUUGAAGGAAGAUAUAAUUAAUGAGGAGGAAGAGGAAGACGGAGGAGGAGAAUAUGAAUAUAGUUGA